UCGUGCUUCCUGCCUUUGCUGAAGGAGGGCUCGGUGCUGACGGCUGGGAGGACGAAAGGAGAGACCAGAAAGCUUUUAGGGAAGAGCAGAGAGUGGGACACGGGCCCCGGGUUUGCACCGUCCCUCGGGAUAAAAUAAACACCCCUAAAUUGUGUGCAGCUGCUGGAUUCGUCUCUGCAUCGGCGCUGAAACAUGUCGACCAGUCGUCAGCUGAGCGAGUGCAGGGCCAUCCCGACCAGGACGGUGUUGAUCAACGACACAACGCAGCUACCUCAUGACUACUGUACCACCCCUGGAGGCACUUUAUUUUCUACCACUCCCGGAGGAACCCGGAUCAUCUAUGACCGUAAGUUCCUACUGGACAGGCGUAACUCUCCGAUUGCCCAGACUCCCCCAGCUCACCUGCCUGUCAUCCCUGGAGUGACCAGCCAAAAUGUCCUGAGAGAGAACAAGAAGAAUGAAGCCAACAACCACAUCAACAAACAUGAUGGCAAGCCCACAAACGGUGACGAUGCUCAGUUUGAAAUGGACAUCUAACAGACUGGAACCACACCAGCAAAAGCAAAUGACCUGGCAUCACAUAUGUCAGUGGCUUGGCUUGUAGAAAACCAAUGUUGUGAGCCCUCAUGGCAGCCAUCUUCUUUAGCUCUCUGUCUCGCUGCUGGAUGUAAUGUGUGUAAACCAUGGGGAUUCUGUGUAUCAUACAUACAGGUACAGUGCAGCCAACUCUGGAAACUAUGUUUAUUUGUAUAGAUUUCCAUGGUUACCAGUCGCUGUACAAACUACACAAGGAGGGAGUGGGCCUGAAUAUCAUGUACCCAGACACUUAGUCCAAUUAGCAGAUCGCAGUGCUCAUCUUCCAGCUUUCUGUGAGUCAGGAUCUAGUCAGCACACUAUGAAACAAUACUCCCAAGUUAAUGAGGAGAGGAAGUGGUCAUUACAGUACUGGCCUUAGAAUAAGUCAAAAGCUUUGAUAUUCAUCACAGUCUUUGGUUUUGAAGACCCUUGCUAGCAUGUUAUUUCAAUUCUUAUGUCUUUUUGGUUUUUGGAACUACUUGAAAAGCUCCACAAUCUAUUACAGAUUGUUUGAUCGAUUUAGUUUCCUGUGAUAUUAUGCAAACGGUUGCUAUUGUUGUUUUUAAUUUGCAGUUAGGUGAAGAUACCAUUCCAAGACUUACAUUUCCAUUACAAACACAAGCCUGUGAGAGUUUCCAAAACUUUUUUAAAAAUGAAUUUAAGGCAGUAAUUUAUUUGUUUUGUAAUCAUCAAAUGAUUGAAUUUCCUUUAAUCACAUGAAGCUAUUUAUAAACCCUACAAUGUAAAACAAGCUUUUCAUUGAGAAUUAACUUUCAGAACAAUAUAACAAUAUCAAGCCAUUAAAUUCAUCACUAAUGGUGACCUUGCUAUACAUUUUAUUUACACAUUCUUCUCCUGUUUAGAAAAGUCAAAACACGUUUUCUCCUGAUUUGCUUAAACUUUUUUUGUUGGCAGGAGCUUGUGGUUCACAAUUUGAUCAUUCUAAGAAAAUGAGGUGUUACUCUCCAACAUCUGUCUGUGAUUUUUUUAAUACCUGAUAAACUUUUAAUGUGGAAAUGGUUAAUAUCACAAUGGCAAUUUUUAGAAAAACUUGAAAAAUUCCAGAUGUUUUAUAUGCAUUUUAUUUUUUUAUUCAGUUUCUCAGUACUGAGGGUAUUUGUUUGGGUAUCAGCCCUGUCUAGCCUUUUGACGAAGUGUCAAAGAACCAGAAAACAUUGUUUUCAUCAGGCUUAAUAAUCUACAGUACAGAUCGGUCGCCAGUGUCCUUAACCCAUCGGACAUUACCUUAUUCUCUCCAUGUGUCAUAUCUGUCCAUGCCUUAAUUUACACAAGAUGCAGUAACUAAAAUGAGGUUCCUAUUCAUCAAUUUGUACUUUCCAACAGAUGUUUAUUUUUUCACUGUAACAUUGAACAGGUAACAUUGUUCUUGGCAAUUUAGCAAAACAAAUAUGAUUUAUUUUUUAAAAUUAUUACUAUAAUUUUUCCUUCCCCAAGCAGCUGUGAAGUUGGGUGUGACGGCACACAUUUUCUUUUUGGGAUUCUGAAGUUCUGAAAGCGAUGGUUAAAAGAUUUACCAAAUGCUUAUUUAGUCCAAUUUCUUUUGUUUUUGUUUAUUUGUUUCUUUGUUUUACACCACAAUCAUAAUUAUGUCUGCUAACUGUAUUGUGAAGGGAAACUUCCUGGUGAUUUAUUUUCCAAGUAAAUAAAUCACCAGGAAGUUUCCCUUUUUACUCAAAAUUCAUUCACAACAUGUUUGUUUCUCUGUAUGAGUGGAACCGGUGAAUGGCUGAAAUGAUGUUUAUCAAAGAUUUUCUUUUUUUCUUUUGGGCUUUGUAAUUGAUUCUGGCCAUGUUUGGUGACAAAUACAUUCAGGGGUUGCUUGAACCCAAUUUGCAUAGCACAUUUUUGGAGGUAAAACUUUGAUUAACAACAUCAAAAUUCAGAUUGCAGUUUAUUUCAAAUCACUUUGGUUUGACAAUGAGGGCUUGACAUUGUGUGUUGAAGGAGAUUUGAAACAAAACUUACUGUAACUUUCUGCUCUUAUUUUAAGUAAUUUUAUUUUAAAUAAAAUUCCAAUGCCAGUGGACUCUGUUGCUGCAAGAUCAAUAAAGUUCCGUAACA